GCGCUCCGCUGUGGCGGAAGUAAGUCGUAUCGCUGAGGGCCUCAUCCUUCCAAUGGCGACUGCAAACAGGCUGAAUAGAAAGCGGGAGCAACCGUGGAGGGGGGUCAGAGCUGUGUAACGGAAAUUAAAUAAAUAUAUCAUAUUCUCUGUAGUCACAAAGUUAGCCUGAAAUUUCUUUUCACCUCUCCCAAAAAUCACGUCCGUUUCAAUGGCCAAAAAUCGGAACAUUUCGCUCCUUGAGUCGGAGCUCUACUACUUGAUUUCUCGUUUUCUGACAACGGGUCCGUGUCGGAGAGCGGCUGAGGUCCUGGCGAGCGAGUUGGAGGAAUAUCAGGUCUUACCCGGCAGAUUGGACUGGCAGGGAAACGAGCACCCGAGAACAUAUGAAGAUGUGGUUGCAGCCAACAGACAUAUUGCACCAGACCAUUUGCUCCAGAUAUGUAAGCAGAUUGGACCACUUCUUGACAAAGAAGUGCCAUCAUGUGUCCCAGGUGUACACUCUCUCCUGGGUUCUGGAAAGCAGUCAAUGCUUAGGACCGCAAAAGAUUGCGACAAUGUGCGGUUUAAAGCUUCAUCAUAUGCAGCCCUUCACAGGGGCAGACCACCAGAGAGGCCUUCAAACUGCAAGAAGCCGCCACCUCUAGUGAAGAUCCAUCGAGGAAGAGAGCUGACGGGAGUACAUCGCUUCAGCUCCAUCAAUCCUGUCAGCAACUAUGAGCACAUGCGGCUACAUAGGCGGAUCCUGGGGCAUCUGUCUGCAGUGUACUGUAUCGCCUUUGAUCGCACCGGUCUCAGGAUCUUUACAGGCUCAGAUGACUGUUUGGUGAAGAUUUGGUCUUCGUUUGAUGGAAGGCUUCAUUCAACAUUGCGAGGACACUCUGCAGAAAUCACGGACUUGGCGGUUAGUUAUGAGAACACGCUCAUUGCCGCAGGAAGCUGUGACAAGACCAUCCGUGUAUGGUGCCUUCGUACCUGUGCACCUGUGGCUGUGCUGCAGGGGCACAGCGGACCCAUUACCUCCCUACAGUUCUCACCGUUUGCUAAGGGCUCAAAACGUUACAUGCUGUCCACUGGAACUGAUGCUACAGUCUGCUUCUGGCAGUGGGACGUCAACAACAUCAACUUCAGUGAUCGGCCACACAAGUUUACAGAGCGACCGAGGCCGGGAGUUCAGACUGUGUGUUCCUCAUUCAGUCCAGGUGGAAUUUUCUUAGCAACAGGAAGUACUGAUGAUGUCAUCAGGAUAUAUUACUUGGGUAGCGGGAGUCCAGAGAAGAUAUCAGAGCUCCAUGAGCACACAGACAAAGUUGACAGCAUCCAAUUUUGCCACUCAGGUGAAAGGUUUGUGAGUGGAAGUCGAGAUGGAACAGCGCGAAUCUGGAAGCUCCAUCAGCGCCAGCAGUGGAGGUGCAUCCUGCUCAACAUGUCUGCCACAAUUCCAGGUGCUGAACAAAUGAGUGAAGAGGAAAGCUACUUCAAACCCAAAGUCACCAUGGUAGCGUGGGAUCGCCAUGACAAUACAGUCAUCACAGCCGUUAACAACCAUCUCCUCAAAGUGUGGAACUCCUACACAGGACAGCUGCUACAUAUCCUUAAAGGCCACGAGGCUGAGGUGUUUGUCCUGGAACCGCACCCCUUUGACCCCAGGAUCAUCCUGUCUGCCGGCCAUGACGGGAAUGUUUUCAUAUGGGACCUGCUGCGAGGGACAAACACACAGCACUACUUUAACAUGAUUGAGGGUCAGGGUCACGGAGCCGUUUUUGAUGGUAAAUUCACCCCUGAUGGUCAGCGUUUCGCCUGCACAGACUCCCAUGGCCAUCUGCUCAUCUUUGGCUUCGGCAGUUCCAAGCCCUAUGAGAAGCUUCCAGACCAGGUGUUCUUCCACACAGACUACAGGCCGCUGAUCCGGGACACCAAUGGUUUUGUUCUGGAUGAACAGACACAGCAGGCGCCUCAUCUCAUGCCCCCACCCUUCCUUGUGGACGUGGAUGGAAACCCCCAUCCACCAAGGUACCAGCGUCUUGUUCCAGGGCGGGAGAACAUCGCUGCUGAACACCUGGUUCCUCAGCUGGGAUACGUUGCCACUAGUGACGGAGAGGUGGUGGAGCAGGUGAUCAGCCAGCAGACUUCAGAGCAUGAGGAAGCUGCAAUAAGACGCGGCAGCCUUCUGGACCAGGCCAUCCGACAGCUCCAGCAGCGGCAGGACCGGCAGCAAAUCCCAGGGUCAGAGGCAGAACCGGAGGCUGGAGCAGGACCAGAAGGGCAAGCUGGGGCUCAGGGCCCAGCGCCAGCACCUACACCAAGCACACCACGUAGAGUGUCUGUGAACGACCGAGCAGAUGUGCAGUCUCCCCCUAAUGUGGGUCUGCGCCGCAGUGGACAGGUGGAGGGUGUCAGGCAGAUGCACCAGAAUGCUCCUCGCAGUCAGAUGGCCACUGAGAGAGACCUGCAGGCCUGGAGACGGAGGGUGGUGGUGCCUGAACUACAACCCAGCGGCUACAGGUACCAGGAGGAUGUCCGAACCGCCAAAGGUGAUGAGGAGGUUUUUCUGUACAACGCAAAGAAGAGACGCAUUAUCUACAGCAGCUGUCGAGAUGAUUCAGAUGAUGAACCUUCCGGUACGAAGAGAGGACACGGCCGCGGCGACACGCUUGAUUACAUCGACUUGUCGUGUGAAGAGGGAGAGGAGACAGCGAGCUCGGAGGUACACUCUGAGGACAAUGAAUUGGAUGGCAGUGACCUGGACUCCUCAAAUGACGAGGAGGAGUGGAAUAGUGACAGCUCAAGCCACACUUCCAGCGAGUACUCAGACUGGACGGCAGACGCUGGUAUCAACCUGCAGCCCUCGACCCCCUUAUCUUCACGGAAACGAGUGCGGCGCCAGCUCAGCAGCUCGGAAGAGGAGGAGGAAGAGAAUGAAGAAGAGGAGGAGAAGCAGCAGAGUGACGAGGAGGAAAAUCCUGAGAAGAAAAGCAAAGAGAAGGCCAAGAAAGCAAAGAACAAGUCGCCCAGGCGACCAAAGGCCAGACCAUCCAUCAACAGAGAAGUGUCCAAUGAGUUCAGACCGUCACCAUGGAUCACUGAUGUCAUUCCCAGGAAGUCACCUUUUGUUCCCCAAAUGGGUGAUGAGGUCAUCUACUUCCGGCAGGGCCAUGAGGCUUAUGUUGAGGCAGUGAACCGGAAUGAACUGUACCCCAUCAACUUGGACAAACAGCCAUGGAAGAAAUUGGAGUUGCGGGACCAAGAGUUUGUGAAGAUCACUGGGAUCAAGUAUGAAGUCUGUCCUCCAACACUCUGCUGCCUGAAGCUGACUCUUAUUGACCACGGCACGGGCAAAAUCUCAGACAAGUCGUUUUCUGUCAAGUAUCAUGACAUGCCAGAUGUAAUAGAUUUCCUGGUGUUGAGGCAAAGUUAUGAUGAGGCGCUCCGAAGAAACUGGCAACCAAACGACAGGUUCCGCUCAGUGAUAGAUGAUGCCUGGUGGUUUGGGACCAUCGUCUGUCAGGAGCCGUACCAGCCAGAAUACCCUGACUGCCUCUUCCAGUGCUUCAAAGUCAGAUGGGACAACGGAGAAAUUGAGAAGCUGAGUCCUUGGGAUGUGGAACCUAUUCCAGAAGAUGCCGAGCAGCCAGAGACAGAGGGAGGUGGCAUCCCUGCGACAGCAGAGGAGAUGAGCGAGCUGAUGUACAAGACUCUGCAGGGGGAGUGGGGGGAGAGGAGCAGGGACGAGGAGUGCGAACGCAUCAUCGCCGGCAUCGACCAGCUCAUCACUGUUGAAAUUGCAGCUCCCUUCUCUGGUCCUGUUGACUUAGUCCAGUAUCCCACGUACUGCACCGUGAUCGCUUACCCCACUGACCUGGGCACCAUCAGACUGCGACUCUUGAACAGAUUCUACAGGCGCCUCUCAGCAUUAAUUUGGGAUGCCAGAUACAUUGCACAUAAUGCCCGCACUUUCAACGAGCCAAGGAGCAAGAUUGCCCACUCUGCAAAAAUGAUCACAAACGUCCUCCAGAAAUUUGUAAAUAAUCCAAGCUGCACAGAUAUCAUGGAGAUUUACAAUGCUGUGGAAGAUAUGGAUGAAGAUGAUGAGGAAGAGGAUGCAGAAGCACCAGGAACCUCCUCUGGACAAAGACUACGUCAGCGCUCUGUGGAGGUGCCGCCAGACAGAGACUCCUGGAAGGAACAGUGCAAGAAUCUGCUCAACUACAUAUUUGAGUGUGAGGACUCUGAACCGUUCAGACAGCCUGUGGAUCCUCAGAACUACCCAGACUACCAUGACAUCAUUGAUACACCAAUGGACUUUGGCACAGUGAAAAGGAAUCUGGAGGAAGACCAUUAUGAAAACCCUGUAGAGGUCUGCAAAGACACUCGGCUAAUAUUUGCGAAUGCUAAAGCCUACACACCCAAUAAACGCUCCAAGAUUUACAGUAUGACCUUGCGGCUCUCCGCCUUCUUCGAGGAGCGAAUCAGAACAGUCAUAUCUGAGUACAAAACUGCCAUCAAGUGCAGCGAGAGGCUCCGUCGCAGCCAGAGGUUCAGAAAGAAAAUGCAACAACAGGAUCAGUCAGCUGGUUCAACAAGUCAAAAGAGGGCUGCUCACAAAACUCAGGAAAAAGUGGAGUCGACGUCAGUGACCAAAUCUACCUCAGCCAAAGUGUCUGUUCCAGAGCGGACCAGGAGUCGUCGAAACAGCAGCUCAGGUCACAGCUCCUCGGAGGAUGAGUCCGGCUCCAAGGCUGCUUCAUCAACACCAGAGUCUGACAGUGAGAGCGAGCUGAGUGAGUCGGAGGAGGAGGAGAAACGUCCAGGUUCCUCAAGGCAACAACAACGUAGACAGAAAGCCAGAGUUACAAGAGGCAGCAGUGCCAAGAAGAGGAAAAAAGUUGCUGAGAGUGACAGUGAAGAGGAUGACGACGACGACGACGACGAAGAAGAAGAGGAAUUUGACAGUGAAGGUGAAGAGGGAGAAGAUGGUGAGAUGUCUUCCCAGUCUUCAGGUCGUCGCUACCCCAGCAGGGCGAAGAAGAGCGGCAGCACCCGGCUGACCAGGAACAGUGCUGCUGCAGACAGGAAACGGACUGAGGGCAGAGCAGAAAUGAACGGUCACGGCAGCAGGUCGUCUCGCAGGGAGAGACGUCGCCACCAGGACUCUGACAGAGCCACGUCCCAGGGCUCUGACAGAGAAGAGGAAAUCACAGGACGCAGGUCACUCAAGAGAAAGACUGCGAGGGCGGCCGUCAACAAGAUCAAACUGCUCGAAGCGUCCGAUGAAGACUACGAGGAAGAGGAGGAGGAGGAGAAGCCGAGAAGGAACAGCAGCCGUCUCUGCAAUGCACCCCGGAUCAGCAAACGCACCGCAGUGCUCGAGAGCAGCUCAGAUUCCGACGAAGAGCCAUCAACACGGGCGUCUCGGAAUAAAAAGGAGUCAGCUGGAGAAUCAAAGGACGAAGAUGAGGAGGAGGAAGAGGAGGAAGAGGAGGAGGAGGAGGGCAAUGACAGUGAUGCUUCAUCCUCCUCACAGAAUCAGCAGAAUGGAGACACGAAGUCCACCAAACGGAAGACAUCAAAAACAGCAGCAAAGACCAAGGGAAAUGAUACUUCGUCCCACAUGAACGGACACAGUGCAAAACACAAGUCUGACAGCAACUCUGAACAGGAGGAAGCUGCAGAGGAGAGUUCUGGAGAAGCCGAUGAGGAGGAGGAGGAACAGACAGCUGUGUCUCAGAAACCCUCCAGAAGCACAGCAACCACUCCAGCCAGGAAAAAUAGGAUUACAAGCGAGGAAGAGGAGGAGGAGGAGGAGGAGGAGGAGGUAAAGGACACUGAACGCAGGAACACACGACACAAACCGCCUGAAAGCUCGGAUGAAGAGGACAAAGACCAUAAUUCACAGAAACACUUGCACCAAAAUGGGAGAAAUGUGGAAGACGCGAUCCACAAGGACUCAAAGAAAAAGAGUCGAGUUUCAUCGUCGAAAAGCCAAGAUCAACAAAAAUCUGCCUCAACUAAUAAACUGGAUGGAGCAGAGUCGGAGGAACUUAGUGAUACUCCAAAGAGAUCUGGACUACGCAAGAAAAAACUGAAAAAAGACAAGGAGCGCGAGGUUCAAAGCGAUCGCUCCAGUGAUGAAUUGGAGGUGAAGACAAAGAAGUCAAUGAGCAACAAAAGCAAAUCUAAACGGUCUCGUGGUGUAACCUCCGCUUCAGAGAGCUCUGAGCAAGAGUACAAACCCAAGAGGAAGUCGUGGAGAAAACGCUCCACUGGCUCAUCAGACGAAGAGUCGGAUAAUUCGGACAAGACACCUAGCAGACGGCCGCGCCUCCGAGCCCUGCCGAAAAAGAAAUACAUCAGUGACAACUCCCUUUCGGAGGAAGACUCUGCCUCUGCGAGCCAAGCCAAACAGCGGAACGGUAACAAAACAGCCACGGUUGCUAAGGAAGACAGGUGUAAUAAAAGAGAGUCUAAAAGAAGCUCUCCUAAUGAAAGCAGGAAUCAGACGUCUUCCAAGCGGAAACGAAUUUACACCUCAGACUCUGAAGAUGCAGAGGACGGUGUAAAGAAAGAUCCAGUGCCCAAGAGCAAUAAAAAAAGCAAGUCAGGCUCCUCCAAACGGGAAUCCAAACAAGAGGAGAGCAACGAGGAAGACACCGCAUCCCAAUCUGAUUCCAGCGAGGAGGAGGAGGAGGAAGACGUCAGUUGCACGAGGACGAGGAGGGGGAAGAAGAAUGAGAGGCGGCCGAAACACAAGCGAAAGGAGAGCUACAGCAGCAGCAAUCACAGCUCCGACUCAGAAAGCGAGCAGUUGUCUUCAGCCUCUGAAAACUCAUUUGCCAGCUCAGGGUCUCACAGCAGUCCAAAGAGGAGAGGUCUCAGACGGUCCGCGAUCGGCGAGAGGACUGCCGGCCGCCAGCUAAGGCAGCGCCGUCGACAGGCCGCCUCAGACGAGGAGGAGGAGGACAGUGUCGAGGAGGAAAGCAAAUCACAGAAGAAGACACGCGUGAACACCCGUAACCGGGGCAAGCGGACGGUAUCUUAUCACGACAGUGAAUGAAGGACUUGGCGGCUGGAACUACAGGCUUUAGAGGAAAGACGGAGAGGCAUUAACUGGAGACAGUAGAGACACUUGAUGGCCACGUUAUGGUAGUAGCACUGGAGUCCUCGAGAGAAAAAUGCUGUGAAUCUGUUUCAUUCAGGGAUAUUUAUAUUUUCUAUGAAAAACAAUGUUUAUAAAUGUAACACAAAUUCAAGCAUUUUGAAACUGCUGGUUUUCACAAGGAUACAGAGCAAAACUCCACCUCCCAUACUGCUUGUUGUGAUUUGGCCAGCAGAGUAACCAUUCUGGGGAAUCUUGUCAGCUUUGGGUGCUAUCUAAUAUACCUCCUGUUUAAUCAAGCAUAUUGCUGGCUUGCACUAAGAUACACUGUAAUGAGGUAUUUCAUACACUAGUUUUGCAUUAGAAACUCAGGGGUCAACUAAGUUUACUGUAGUCUCAGACAUGCAGUUGUUUUUUGAGCUAAGGUGUAAGGACAAGAAACAAUUCCAGGUCGGCAGAUGUCCAAGCACACACUCACUGGGACAAAACGAAUCCAUGUUCAGACUUUUGACUACAGCACUCCUCUGUAAAUCCACACACUUAAUGCUUGACUGUAUUGAGUUGAUAUGAGCCAAAUGAACAAAUAUGAAUAUUUUCCCCAUACUUUUUCUUUUUGUUUUGUUUAUUUUUUUUGGGUUAGUUUUGUGUUGUAUUCUAGUGAAUAGAUGUAAAUAUGUGAUGGAGAAUGAGAGGUUUGGCGCUCAGUCAGUAGCAAAGCGUUUAUUUAAAUUUGAAGUUUUUUAUUUUUAUUUUCUUUCUUUUUUUACAUUUAAUAACUGCAUUGUCUUGCCAUAUGUCACAAAUUGGUACUUUUUUGCCAAGUACAAUAACCUGUACUUAUUGCAGAAAUGCUGUGAUUUCUCAUAUUGGGAAGACUUGUUAUUGUUGUCCUGUGUUACCUACUUUCAGUAUUAAAUUCUUUUUCAGAGUUGACUUAAAACAUUUUUGCCAGUCACAUGGUUUAGUUUGGUUUCUGGGGAGGUUUCUAAAUACAGUCGCUUUAUGACAUUUUGCUUAAUGUUUUUCGUACUACACCUUUAAUAAACAGAUCUCACAGGAAAACUAUUAAUGCAAUGUGGUUGUGGAGUGCAAUGAAUGAGUUAUUCCUCCUAUUAAUAAAGACAUAAUUUC